AUGAAAGCUCGAGUUCUCAGAAGACACUUCUGGCACAUUGCAGACAUCCCACUUGUUGUCCAGAAGUGGACUCCGGAUACGGAAGCAUCAAAACCUGACCUUACGGCCAUUCCUUUAUGGGUUGAUCUAAAGGGAGUUCCAGGACAUCUCUUCUCUCAGAAUGGACUUACAUUCUUCGGAGACACAAUAGGAAGAACUGCAAAGAUUCAUCCAAACACAAUUCGUUGUACUCGUUUGGAUGUUGCACGUAUUCUCGUGGUACUGAACUUGGAGAAACCACUACCUGAGCGUAUCUCAAUUAAAGGUACCGAUAUGAGCAUACAAAAGUGGGGCCACGUAGAGAAAGAGUGUGGUAAGAAGGAAGCUACAAACAAAACUAUUCUUACGGAUAAGACUAGUAAACAGAAGAAGAGCAUGUCUGUUGCAGUUGAGGAAGAUGUCACUGCAGAGCAGGAAACCGCAGUGAAAGUAGUAGAACGAACAGCAGCAGAUGUGUCUCUACCUGAGACGCAAGACGUGCUUCUGGAAGUGAUCGACCCUAUAUCUGGGAAACAGGAUGGUGAAGGUAGCUCAGAAGUAAAUGAAUGGAAGGAUGUUGGGAAAAGUAAUAGAGCCUCCCCACGCAGAGAAACUCAGAAAGUCCCAGACAGAGAUGCUCACACAGGUUCGCCGUCAAGAUACCAGGUCCUUGAUGAAAUGGAAGAGGGUGAGUUGGAAAGUAGCAGCUCUGAUGAGACUGAGGAAGAGUCCCCUGACCCGCCUCAAAAAGAAGAGAAAGCCAUUGCUCAGGCUGCUGGUAAAGUAAAGACCAACGCUCGGAACAAACCAGGCACGAGCCAACAAGGCCAGAAUGAAAAGAAGAAGAGCACCAAAACAACCAAAAACAAAACAGCCUCCAAUCGGAGGCACUAA